AUGAUGCUAACUUUAACAGAUCGAAUCGACUACUAUCGGCCUGUUCCAGGUGCCCUCAUCCCGAGCGGUUAUGACUUCGCAAUGAUCACGACCAAGAUGCAUUUUCUGAAGCCGUUAACUUCCAGGCAAAAUUAUGCCAACGGCGGGCCAGCUGUGAGGCAGAUGGCCAAGGACACAUGGUUUGGGACGACAUGGGCCAGUCGUGGCACGACUACAUCAAGCAGUACGCCUGGCCGCUUUUCGGGAUCGAUGCCGUUUGGGGAGGCGCAGACGAUUUGGAUGGGGACCACGUCUAUAAUUGGAGCAAUGGUGUUUCCAACCAUGAGGGAGAUAUUAUAUGGGAAUGGGGGGAGUGAAGCAGCAUUUCUGCAGGUAGUGUUUGAAGAACCACACCUCAAAGGCAGCAGCAUCCCCAUCCUACAAGAUCUUGUCCUCUUUGCUGUUGAACAUGGAGAGUAUGAUGCAAGAAUGCGGGUUUUCAUUCGACGUCUGGCAUGGACUUUCCAUGUGAGCCAAGAUAUGGUUGAGUUGUAUGAAGAGAGCCUGGUAGAGUUCCUUUCAGAAGACCAUGAAGAGAAAUCUGAGGAGGAGAAGAAGUUGGAUGCAAAGAAGUUGCAAAGGCAGAAGCUGAAGCGAUAUGCAUUGAUUGGCUUGGCAACUGUGAGUGGAGGUGCUUUAGUGGGCCUAUCAGGUGGCUUGGCUGCUCCUCUCAUUGGAGCUGGGGUUGGGACAAUCCUUGGUGGGGCCAGUGCAGCUGCAUUGGGCUCCACAGCUGGCAUGGCUGUUGUUGGCUCACUCUUUGGUGUGGCAGGGGCUGGACUUGCUGGAGUCAAGAUGAAAAAACGGAUUGGAGCAGUGGAGGAGUUUGCAUUUGACAUCCUGACCGAAGGCUGUAAUCUUCACCUGACCAUUGCCAUCUCAGGCUGGCUGUCUCGUGACCCAGGAUCUGAGAGUUUUCGGGCUCCUUGGUCCACUCUUUACUAUUCCAAGGAGCAGUAUUGUCUCCGCUAUGAAUCAAAGUACUUGCUGGAGCUGGGCCAAGCCAUGGAUUACUUGCUCUCGUUUGCUGUCUCUAUGGCUGCUCAGGAGGCACUUAAGUACACAGUUUUGGCUGGACUGGUGAGUGCAAUUGCCUGGCCAGCCACUCUCAUGACUGUGGCAUCAGUGAUUGAUAACCCAUGGGGAGUCUGCAUAAACCGAUCAGCUCAGGUGGGGCAGCAGCUGGCUCAUGUUCUUCUGUCAAGGCAGCAGGGUCGCAGACCUGUUUCUCUCAUUGGGUUCAGCCUUGGUGCCCGUGUUAUCUUUCACUGCCUUCAGGAAAUGAGCAAGUCAAAGAGGAGUGAAGGGAUUGUCCAGGAUGUGAUCAUAUUGGGAGGUCCUCUCUCUGGCUCCAAAAAGGACUGGGAAGCUGUGAGUCGUGUUGUGGCCGGACGUAUCAUCAAUGGCUUUUGCAGGGGUGAUUGGCUACUCAAAUUCCUGUAUCGGACAUCCUCAAUCAACAUGCAGAUUGCAGGAUUGGGCCCCAUUCUCUGGGAGAACCCUCGCAUGUACAACUUUGAUCUCUCCAAGAUUGUUUCUGGUCACUUGGAUUAUGCACACAAGAUGCAUCUGAUCUUAAAAACAAUAGGAGUACGAACCCGGGAUGCACACGGACCAACGCUUUUGCACAAGUCUAUCUCAGACCAUCCAGUCAUAAUUCAACAUAGACAACAAGAUGGAUCAAUUGAUGCAGUGCCUCUGCAUGCUUCAUCCAUGCCAUGCCUCCAUUGUCUGCAGAACAUUAGGGAACUCCCUCCCUCACGAGCCAUCCGUCUUUCUCAAUCUGAUGCCGACCUUUCAUCGUCCUCACCCAGAUGUUGCAGCCCCAGCAUCAAUCGUAAUGGAAGUAUUUCUGGAGGGUCUCCCUCCCUUGCUAGUCCCCUAUUAGGCUCACUCUCUGCCCGGAGGACUCCUGAUGACCUAACUACCCCACCAAGUCCCAGGGUUUUCCAUGCCAAAGACGGCAGUGAAAUGGCACAUGUGGCCAAGAAGAGGAAGUGCAUGUCUAUUGAACUGAAAACAGACAUUCUGAGAGAAUUCGAGGAAGGGAAACUGAAGAAGGGCCAGAUUUCCGCGAAUGCCAGCUUUGCUCCGGGAAGAAAGAAGUUGAGAGGUGCAAAAUACAGUGACAUUGAAGAAGCUUUAUUUGGGUGGUUCCAGCAAGCACGUGCCUGCAACAUCGUCCUUGAUGGGAACACCAUUCGGCAGAAAGCCGCAGAACUGGCGAAGGUAUUGGGGAUCGACAACUUAGUGUGCUCUUCUGGUUGGCUCUCUCGCUUCAAGGACAGACAUGGAAUCGUGUUCAAGAAAGUUUGUGGGGAAGCCGGAAGCGUGCCUGAUGAAAUCGUCAACAAAUGGAAGAAUGGGACUCUUAAAAGCAUUAUAGGCAGCCAUCGCCCAGAAGAUAUUUUCAAUGCCGAUGAGACAAGUCUAUUCUUCAAACUCACACCUGAAAAAACUAUGCAGGUAACUCAUGCUAUGGAAAACGACUAA